AUGGUUCCAGAUCAAAUGGAGAAACCUCGAGUCACUGAGAUCCAGGUUCGAAUAGACUGUAACGGAUGCGUUCAGAAGAUCAAAAAAGCUUUGCAUGGCAUCAAUGGCAUAUACGAUAUCUAUAUUGACAUCCCUCAACAGAAACUAACCAUAAUUGGAUGGGCUGACCCUGAAAAGAUAGUCAAGGCGAUCAAGAAAACAAGGAAAGCUGCAACCAUUUGUUCUGAUACAGAAAAAGCACCACCAACAGAACCACCGUCGGAAGGUGGAGCACCACCUCCUGAUCCUUCAAACCCACCUCCAGAAGAAACAGUUCCGCCAGAAGAACUAGUUGAACCACCAAAAGAACCAGAAAAACCACUUGAAGAAGCAACAUCGGAACCACCACAGGCACCGGUAACGGCAACAGAACCACCCACACCGGCGCAAGAACCACCAUCUACAGACUCUCCGCCACGACAACAACCACCACAACCUUCCGGAUCAAAAGAACCUGAAGAUGUUCACGUCGUGCAUCACUACCCUUCAGACCACAGCUAUAGAUACGGUCAUGAUCGAGUGUUCUAUAAUGCGUCCGUGGAACAUUACUCGAGUACUACACCUAGUCCACGAUAUAAGCAUCAUGAGCCACAACAACCCAUCCAUGUGAACCACAGCUACAACACAUACAAACCUACACCCUAUGUCACUGAACAUAAAUACAUCCGUCCACCACCGCAAUACACACAUUACAGCCGACCCGAACCACCACAAGAGUACACACAUUACAGCAAACCAGAACCACCAUCGCACCCCAGGCAUUACAGCAGACACGCGCCACCACAAGAGUACACACAUUACAGCAAGCCAGAACCACCACCGCACCCUACCCAUUACAGCAGAAACGAGCCAUCACAACAAUACACACAUUACAACCGACCAGAACCACCACCGCAGCACACACGUUACACCAGACCCGAACCCUCACAACAGUACACACAUUACAACAGACCAGAGCCACCACCGCUAUACACACAUUACAGCAGACCCGAGCCACCACCACAGUACACACAGUACAACAGACCAGAACCACCACAACCAUAUACAAAUUACGGCCGGCCAGAGCCACCACCACAUUAUACUCACUACAGUGGUGAGUAUCACCACAGCAGCAGCAGCAGCAGCGGGAAUGGUAAUAUUACCUCAAUUUUCAGUGACGAAAAUCCAAAUGCAUGUACAAUUGUUUAGAAAGAAUGGGGCGGACGUCCGUGAGAAAACGACAUUUUUAGUUUUUGGCGC